CCUUAUGCACAAAUUGCAUCUUGAAGUUCACUUGAGCUUGGAGUCCAAGAUGGCCGCGAUGGCAGAUAUAUCGAGCUGUUAACCGUAUAUGGGAUACGCCUAAAUUUUCAGUUUACAACGACACAUCUUUUAAAUAUUGUAAUACAAUGAAUAUAAUAAGUACGUGCAGUGAUAUGAAAGGUGGAGGAUGCACGAGGAACAAAUGACUUUUACAGACGCGCAAUUUGUCUUAACUCAUACGUAUGCUACAUUCUGUGUUCAGUCUGUUUUUUCACGGAGAGUAAUUUAUUCGUUUGCAACAAGAACUCGUUACAAAGAAAACGACUAAAAAUUUCAUAUUGAACUGCCCACAUACAAGGUUGUGAUAUUUAUGUGUUAAAAAAUUCAAGCUACUGUUAAAAUUAAAAAAAUGGAGGCAAUUGUAGAAUAUAACUAUGAAGCGCAAGAACCUGAUGAAUUAACUUUGAAGAAAGGAGACAUUAUUACAGAAAUUAAAGUAAUGUUAGGUGGCUGGUGGGAAGGUACUUUAAGAGAUAAACGUGGCAUGUUUCCUGAUAAUUUUGUCAAGGUAUUAGAACCUUUAUCAAGUGGGACAGUUGGAAGUACAGGAAGUGGAGGAAGUGAAGGAGCUAGUAGUGCUAAAUCUGAAGAUGUUUCCUUAAAAAAUGGAGGAUCUAAAAGACGAUUUUGUAAAGUGCUUUUUAAUUAUGAACCUUGUAAUAAAGAUGAAUUAACUUUAGUACCACAAGAUUCUAUAGAAUUUUUGGGUGAGGUUGAAGAGGGAUGGUGGAGAGGUAGGCUUAAAGGCAGAGUUGGUGUUUUUCCCUCAAAUUUUGUAUCUCCUCCAGCUUGUGAAGAACCUGAUAAACAUAAAGAUCAAGAUAGCAAAAAAAUGUGUAAAGUACUUUUCCCUUAUGAAGCUGCUAAUGUAGAUGAAUUAACAUUAAAUGAAGGAGAUAUAAUAACUCUUCUAUCUACAAAUGCCUCUGAUAAGGGUUGGUGGAUAGGAGAAUUAAAUGGUCAAGUAGGUUUAUUUCCUGAUAAUUUUGUUGAAAUAUUAAAUAUUCUGCCUGAUCAUCAAGAUCACGAGCAAAAACUUAAAGCUUCCAUUAAGUCUGUUACAAAACAUUCUCAUCAGGUAAAGAAAAAUGGAAAAGUGCAUACUAGAAAAAGUUUGGAUGUAAAAGAUGCACAUGCAGAUGCAACUAAGAAAGCCAUAUCAACAGCAACACCUUCUACAACAAUGACUUCCCCAGGAGUUGGAGGAAGUGGUGGAGAAAGAAAAACUAUAGGACAUUCCAUUACAUCGAAUCUGAAACGUCUUGUAGGUGAUGUGGGGACUAAUAAUGGUAAUGGAAAUACCAAUACAGCUUUGGGUGAAGAGCUAGAUGGGGUAGAGCGAGGAGAAGGAGCACCGCUUUCGCAUUUAACAGCAUCACGAGCUAAAGCACCCCAUCGACGUCCACCUUCUUCGCAACGUUUAAGACGCCAUGCUGCUGGAUCAACAAGCACAACAACCACUACUACACCUGAAGAUAGUUUAGCAAAUGGUAAUGCAGAUACUAUGUUAGAACAAUUACGAGAAGAAGAACCAGAAGGAUUGGCUGCAAAAGCAAGAAGAAAAGCACCUUGGGUAGAGGAAUUAAAAUUAAAUCAGUUAGAAAGGAGAAAAAUUGUAUCGCUUGAUCGUGUAGAUAAAUCCGAAGAAAAGAAGGAACGACCCAAUUCACGAGCAUUGGCAACAACAACAAAUGUCGCUGACUGUAUUAACAAAUUAGAAACAGAAAGUGAAGAAAGUAAACAAAAGGAUAAAGGUCAAAGUCAGAAAUCUGACACAUCUCCAUAUCUCGAACCAAUAUCAACUACUUCUGGAACCCCUAUUUAUGUUCCAUUUGCACUUUACAAUCAAUUAUUAGAAAGGGUUGUUGCUUUAGAAGAAAAACAAGCAAUGUUACAACACACAAUGGGACAGAUUCUGGAACAAUUUGUACCUCUUCCAUCUUCAAUCAACAUCCCAGACUAA